AGUCGAGACGCUUGGGGAGUGUACACACACACACACAGUUGCUGGCUUUUCUCCUUUGCUCAAGUUCAGUUUUGUGCUGCUGCCUGGACUAUUGUUUGUGUUGUUCGUUUUGAUAUACAUUUUCCCAUCGAGGGGGAAACAUUGGCUCAAUUAUUCUUUUGUUUUGUUCCAAUUUCUUCUAUUCUCUGAAUGCGUGAAAAAUCGUUCAGUUUGUAGAAUUUGUUGGGUUUGUGUUGGACGGGACGAAGGAAAUAUGUGAUUUGUGAUUUGUUUCUCCAGUUGGCCUGAACUCAAUCAAGACAAACGAAAAAAAAUGAGGUUGUGUGAACUGCUGAGCGUUACUACCAUCUGGUUAAUGGCCUGUUUUUGGAGUAGUUGGGUGAACGCUCAAACGACGGAGCACACACGCCUUUAUGGAACGUUCAACGUCAAUCGUCAGCCCUAUAACGCUGCCUACGACGAUCCCCGCAAUCGCUAUUCAUCAAGUAGCAGCAGCAACAGCGGUGCUUACGGGUCGUCCAUCAACAAUGCGAGCGCAGCAGCAGCCAACAAAGACACCAUCUAUUGGGAACGGACUCGGGAGCAAUUGAGAAAUCAACAGGCCAUCGCCAACACGGACCGCUACAGUCCCAACUGGGGAUCCAACGAUCGCGUAUCCGAAACGCGAUACGAUUCCAGGGGCAAUUCGGAUCCAUCCAGGGCCCAGGGCUACGAUCCUAAUCGCCAGUCUCAGAGCACUGCUUCCGGCUACGGGAAUAAUAAUCCGAGUUACGGCCGCUAUCCCAGCUCAGAUUCACGGGGUUACAUCGACGGACGCAAUCAAAACUACGAUAGCAAAGCUCUGUUCGAUUCCAAAGUUCCCAGUUUUCAAACGGGAGGAGGAUCGGUGCCCGCUUUAUCCAGCGGCAGCAGCAGCAGCCUGGACCAGGACAGCCGAGGAUCGCAGUCGAAUUGGGAGCGUGAGAAAGAACGGGAGCGUGAGAGGGAGCGUGAACGGGAACGUGAGAGGGGUUUGGAUCGUGACAGAUCGUAUUACCUCAACAGCCGCACUCGGGUCAACACCAAUCCCGUCAAUUCCAAUUACGGACAGAAUAAUCCGCGAACUAAACUCCCAGGUUGUGGUGUUUUUGACGAAUGGCGACCGGAUUUGAUGGGAACGUGUCGGCCGGAUUACGCGUCCAACGUGCAAGAAAGAGACAUUUCCGUCACGACUCCGUACGGAAGAAUCCGGGGCUUUUACGUCCACCUUUUCGACGGGCCGGGAGUCCCGAUCGGCGACCGCCCAGGUGUUUACCACAACGGGAAACUCUGGCGAAGAAUCAGCACGUUUCUCGGCAUUCCUUACGCCACACCGCCCGUGAACGAAGGCAGAUUCAAGCCACCACGACCGAAAAGAGCCUGGAGUAUUUGGGACGCCAUCGAUUUCGGCCCAGCUUGUCCUCAACCCGUUCAAUACGUCGGUGCUUCCAAAGGUGUCCGUUACAUGAACGAAGAUUGUCUCUACCUCAAUGUUUUCACGCCGACAACUGGAGCCGUGCCAGAGAAAUACCCGGUCAUCUUCUACAUUCACGGCGGUGACUUUGAACGCGGAGCUUCCAACACGUUCCCGGGCCACAUGUUGGCAGCCGUCGGUGACGUCGUUGUUGUCACGGUCAACUAUCGCCUGGGAGCUUUGGGAUUUCUCAGCACAGCCAACGAAUAUUCGCCUGGCAACUACGGAAUGUUGGACCUGACCAUGGCCCUGCAGUGGGUCUACGAUAAUAUCUACGCGUUCAACGGCAACAAGGAUUUGAUCACCGUUUACGGACCAGGCGCUGGUGCUGCUGCUGCUGGCCUACUUGCCAUAACACCCGGUAGUAGCCAUAUGGUGCGACAAGUUUUCGGUCAAAGUGGAUCUCCGUUGGCUGAUUGGGCUGCUGUUCAGGAUCUCUUGCGAGUGCAAAAUACAAGUCGGGUUUACGGUGAACGACUGGGCUGCUUAGUCGACCAAUCUCACAAACUUAUCGAAUGCUUAAGAUCUCGUAGCUUUGAAGAGCUGGGCAACGUCCGACUCAACCCGGAUGUCGGGACUUGGCCUUGGAGUCCCGUCGUUGAUCGGGAAAUUCGCAAACCUGCGAAUAAUUGGUACGAAGGUUGGGAAUCGAAAGAUUGGGGAUUCCUUCCCGACAUUCCCGAAGAAUUGAUACGAAUGCGGAAAUUUAAUCCCGGAAUGCGCUACCUUUCGGGAGUUACGGCGGAUGAAGCGGCUUACGUCGUUUAUAACAACAAAAGCCUCCUGCCCAAUUUCGAAAUAACCGAACAGUUUUUCGACAUGAAAAUUCGUGAAUACAUUCAUCGCUACAACUAUACCUACAAUCCGGACGGAAUUUAUCGAGCCAUUAAGUACAUGUACACUUAUUGGCCCGAUCCCAAAAACACGACUCACAUAAGAGAGGAGUACAUCAACUUCAUGUCUGAUGCACUCUAUAAAUCUCCGAGUGACAGUAUGAUCAAAAUGAUGGUCGACAGUGGGGUGCCAACGUAUUCUUACGUCUUGAAUACAUCCAUCAACGCAUUAAACUAUCCGUUUUGGUCGAGAGUGCCACACAACAUCGAAUAUUUCUUCCUAACUGGCGCGCCAUUUAUGGACCCAGAGUUUUUCCCAGAAGAUCUCAGAGUAGAACGUAAGCAAUGGAAUGAAGACGAUCGACGCAUGUCUGAAUUCUUUAUGAAAGCUUUGUCCAAUUUCGCUCGCUACGGGAGACCCACGCCCGUCGCCAUUUACAACAUCAACUGGCCAGAGAUGCGUCACGGGUGGCUGCAGUACUUGAACUUGAAUCGAACAGACAAUUCGACGUUAGAGUUCAAUUAUCGCCAGCAGGAAUGCGCAUUUUGGUCGGAGUACAUGCCUUCCGUUGUCGGGGUGCUUCUGCCUACCUAUCGGCCAUUCACAGAGUAUUGGUGGGAGCCCAACACUCCUAUUUCAGUGGCCUUUUGGUCCAUUGCUGGCGUUUGCAUCAUUCUCCUUAUGGCUGCUAUUCUCUGCUGUUGCCUAUGGCGUGGUGCUAAAAAGGCAAAUGACAAGCUGCUGGCCGAAAACUACAUGGGAGACAUGGUGUUGACGGAAAACAUGCAUACUGAAUCUAAAGAUUUCAAUGGGGAUUUUCGAUCUGAUAAACAAAAGCUCGAUCUCCCUUCAACUUUAGUUUAACACAUAUCAUUGGUUACAUGAAUUUUUUUAAAAUACGAAUCAUGCUUUGGUUUCGUUUGUUUUCGUCCCUUCAUUCUUCUCUACCUCCAGAGUACAUUUUUUAAAUUUCAUACAAAUACGAACAAGGACCAAAUUUUGCGAGAGUGAAACGUAGUGGACCAAUUAAACGGAAUUAUAUGAUUAGCGAAGCGAAAUCGCUGCCUUGUUUCACACAUACAACGCCAUUCAACGCCAACUGUGAAAUACGAUGCAGAGUUUUAUAGAAAAUUUUCUUAUCCCACAUUCCCGUCAAACGAAAUAUCUGAUUUCUCUCGUAUAAAAUGAACAAUUGUGAAAGUACGCUUUUUUUUUUUUAACUGAUAAAAUGACAUAUGGGUUCAUCGGAAAUAUAAGUUAAGUUUUAGAAAAUGAA